AUGGCUAACUCAGACGACUCUCUACCUCACAUCCGAUGGGGUGUCCUGGGCACAGGGUGGAUCUCCACCAUGUUCUUAACCGACCUCCUUGUUACUCGUCCCGACGCUCGAGCUAAGCACACAAUCGCAGCUAUUGGAUCCUCUUCGCUUGAGAAGGGUUAUUCGUUUGUUCAAAAACUUUGGACCAAGGCACCUACAAAGCCGCAGCCUCAAGUUUACUCAAACUACCAGAGCGUAUACGACGAUCCCAAUGUCGACGUUGUAUAUGUCGGCACACCUCACAGUUUGCACAAGAAGAACUGUCUCGAUGCAAUUGCUGCUGGGAAGCAUGUAUUGUGUGAGAAGCCGUUUACUAUUAACGCGAAGGAGACGAGGGAGAUUAUGGAUGCUGCUAAGCAGAAGGGAGUCUUUGUUAUGGAGGCGGCUUGGGUGAGGUUCACUCCUCUAUUCAAAGCUUUGCAUGAGGAAAUCAUGGUCAAGAAGUCCAUUGGAGAGAUUCAACGCUUUUCAAUCGAUUUCGGAAACUACUUCGAUCUGUCUACGCUACCCAACGAACACCGUCUCAAGGAUCCUGCCCUUGGUGCUGGUGCGCUGCUAGACAUUGGAUUUUAUACUCUGACGUUUGCUUCAAUCAUCUUGGGAGACUGGAAGGUGGGAAAAGAGCACCCUAAACCCAAGGUCACAUCCUCUCUUGAUAUCGCCAAUGGUAUUGAUGAGGCAAACUUGGUCGUCCUUGAAUAUCCCUCCACCAAGGGUGUCAAGACUGGAGUAUGCACAUCAAGCUUCCGAUACCGUGGACCAGACGAGUUUGGUCGCAUUGAGGGUACGAAUGGUAGCAUUACCCUUUUCGGUCCCGCAGUCAGCGUUCCCGGCGGGUUCCGCGUUACUGUCGGACCUCGACCAGGCCCUCCUGCACCUGAUAACAGAGAAACACGUACUUUCACGGUGGAAAGAUAUGAAGGCACAUUGGGAUUCUAUUGGGAGGCUGAUGCCGUGGCGGAAGACAUCGCCAAAGGUCGAACUGAGAAUGAAAUCAUCCCACUUGAUGAGACGUUGAGAUUGAUGGAGCUGAUGGAUGAGAUUCGAUCUGCAAAUGGGCUGAAAUAUCCACAAGAUGAUAAUUAG